AUGGAUGCACAGCAAGACAGUCAAGGCGGAGGGGAGGACAGGAAGCGGUGGCGCCAGCACGCCAUACGGGGCCAGCCCCCGCCCAAGCCCCUCGGGUCCGCUCCGCCGAGCAAGCCGCCACCGCCCGCACCCUCGGCCAAGCCCGGUGGUGGAGAAUGGGAAGGCGGGGAGGAGUGGGGAGGAGGAGGAAGCGGCGGUGGGUACGGCGUCGUCGCCGACCGAGCGCCCGCGCUGCCGCCCUUGCCGCAGCCCGCACCGCGCCCGGCUGCAGCCGGGUCCGCCGGACAUCAGCAGCAACAGCAGCAGCAGAUCGCCCAGCAAAUCAUGCAGCGGCUGCAGCGACAGCGAAGCGCCGACGUCGCGCCGCCGGAGGAGCUGCCGCCCAUCGAGAGCCGCGAGAGAGCUGCGACGGUGGCCACCGGGGCGAGCGACGAGUACUACCUCCAGCCCAGGCCCAGCGCGUCGUCGUCGUCGACUUCAACCUCGUCGCGCCGCAUGCCGCCUCCGCUUCCGCCCAAGCCCCGCAGCAGCGACGCCCUGGCGUCGUUGGGCUCCGGGAGCCACGCGCCCGCACCGCACGCCCUCACGCGGCGCCUCACGACCGACGGCCCGACCACCGGCAUCACCUGGCGCCGGUCGCGCACCCUGCGGCACAUGAGCGAACAUGAAGACGGCGACGAUGACGACGACAAUGAAGACGACCACCACAACGAAGCUUCGGCGCCGCCGCUGCCCGACAUGCCGCUGCCGGUCAGGCUCAUGGGGCAGGAGGACAUCAAGGACAAGCUCUACUCGAGCCGCGGCAUCUCGCGGCGGAUGACCAGCGGCGACACGCUCAGGGAAGGCGGUGGCAGCGGUAGCGGCGGCACGGUCACGGACGACCACCGCCACAGCCACGCUGAGAGGCGGCGGCGGCAUUCCCACGAUCACGACUGA